UUUUUCGGAUAUCAAAUUAUUUAUCUAUUAGCUGUCCGUUCAAUUACGAAGCUAUCUCAAUUGCCUUUGAUGUCGUGCUGUAAUUUUUGCUAGUCAGCGCUCGGGUUCAUUUACAAAAGUGCGUUUAAUAUGUUCUGUUGUGCGGAAUAAAGGGAACUGGCUGCAGCAUCCGACUCCUAAGACAUGUGUCCCUGCUUUCUCCAAACAAAGGCAUGACAAGCCAAAAAGAACUACAACAAAAAGAGGUGCUCUUACAAUAAUUAAAACACUUGGGACCACUCGUAAUUAUCGGGCAGCUUAAGCCGGGUUUUCCCACAGACUCCGACGCACAUUGAACAGUGGAAAUAAUGUUUGACAUUACUUGGCUGCCUACCGCCUGCGGAUCUCUAGCACCAGCUCUGAUACCACCCGCACACAUUGUCAUCUUGUGGUACUUUUGGGAGAACUAUGCCCGCUAUGUGGAUCGUCAUUUUUGCACCUGCUCCUGUUGGGACACGGUGUUUAAGGGACCCUACGAGUCCGGUGUGGCCGCCUACAAGCACAUGUACUUCAAUGCCACGCCCAACACAUUCAAGAUGUGGCUACUGACAGUCUUCGCUGUUAUUGCCCUCUACGAGUGCAUCAAGCGGCUGAUUGCCCUCAUCCUGCAGCAACGGGUGCGGUACUCGAUGCUGUUGCUCUUUAUGCUAUCAAUAUUCUCGCACUACUAUGCCUGGUGGGCGUACAUCAACUAUUACAACGAUGACUACUACAAUCAAUGGAACCAUCAAAUGUUCUUCACGAUAACGGAGCUCGUCUCCACGGUAUUGGUGAUGCAUUUGGCCUGCACCACCAAUGUGGUCACCCCAAAGAAAAUCUUCUGUAUUGUGGGAAUUGCAUUGCUGCAUAUACUGGCCAGCAGUUUCGAUCAGUUCUUCAUGAAUAUCAUCCGAGGCGAGGGCUAUGCGCAUCAGGUUGUGCGGGAUAUUGGAUUCAUGGUGCCGGACAUUUUGCAGUUGACCGUUCCCAUUUGGCUGCUGCGCCAGACGCGACGCGAAAGCUAUGCCACAAGACCCUUCUACAGGGAUCGGAAGCUGCAUCGGGACAUUGUGGCCAUGCUGUGCUUCGUCAGCCUGCUCUUUGUGCUCUGUACGAUUUUGUGAGAACGAAUCAUGUUGGAUGCCUACGAGGAGGCACACGGGAAAAUUCUUGUUACAGAUCCUGCCGUGCAGCUCUUAAAUCGUUAUCGUAUGUUGGCUGAUGGCAAUGUGCAUAACUGAAAGCUGGGCCAUGAUGGGCGAAUAAAACUGGGACAAUAUGGAACUCAAAGAGUCACGUGCGUAUAUGUAUGUGUCAGUGUUUGAAUGUACGUACAUAUGUACGUAUAUGUUUGUAGAAUUGUUUGAACCUUUUCCCCGAUAUUUUCCAUUUUGCAAUGUGAUAGUUUUUGGUACGUGUUUUUUAUAUAACGAGAUUUUUUUAGCACAAGCGCUUAUGCGCCAAACAAUAAAAAAUUGUUGUACUUUGAGACGGAAAAUCAAUGCAUAUGUAUGUUAUAUCAAGUAAUCAAGUACAUAAUCAAUAGGAAAAACUGUUAGCUUCCGUUUCGAAAACAAACUCAUUAAACAUAU